UAUUUAGUUUUACGUGCUGCCGCACGUGUUGAUUUUGAUGGUCUAGUUGAAGAAAAACCUAAACCAGUUUGAACCAUUCUAUGAGACACAACACUCUCCUCUUCUUUCAAGCAUUGUAUAAAUCGCCACAGAUUUGGAUGUGGCUGUACAACACGUGAGAAAAAAUUUCUGUUUUGGGCUGAAAUGAACAAUCAAAUAGAAAAAUCAUUCAGCACAAUUUCUAUGAAGUUGAUAGUGAAGUUUCAUUCUACCUUCAGCGAAAUUGUUUGUUCUCCAUCUGCUGUUACUGACACACCACAUCGAAGGUUUAAAAUGGUCAAUCCAUUCGCUUUUAAAGUACAAUACGAACACUUCUAAUUGAUCUCGAUGACAAGAAGCUUUGACUUUUUUCUUUAACACUAUAAAACCAUCACGAAUAAGAUUCAUUGGUAAUAAGGCCAAACCCAUGAAAGCACGUAAUAAAUGUCGUGCUUCAGCAUCAGUAUCAUAAACCUUCAUUAAGCCAAGUUGUUGAAUAUUCAGAUAGCAAGACUGGCAAAAAUGAAACCAGCAUCCGGUAACGAGUGUUUCUGGUAGCUAAAUUACAAAAACAAAAAAUUCAUCAGUAAUAUAUACUGACAAGAGAGAAGAUCAUUUACUUGUUUUACAACAGCUUUCAUGAAAGCUCUCUCAAAAUCAUAAAUGAUACUUGUCGGUUUCAAGACAAUUCCUUUCUUCGAUCCAAUCCUUCGUAAGCAACGCAAAAUAGCUUCAUACGUUUCAUGUCGUCGAUUAGAAGUAAAAAUAAAACAGACUGGUACAGCUACAAUAAUGGAAAAGAAAGAUAAAAGGUAUGCCAAUUUUCAAUUAUAAAUAAUAUAAUAAAGAAAUGUUUGAUGAAAAUAUCUAUUUCUUUUCAUCAUCAUUUCGUAAUAGCCAUUUCAUCGUCUUCACUGACAUAUAUUUGACAUAUAUCUUUUUCUAUCACAUUUUCUUUUCUUUCUCUCUUUCUCGUAUAUUAUUUUUCUCUCAUUUGGCAAUACAGAGAACUAACUGAAAAGAGAAGAAAAUGUACACACACCUUCCAUCGCAAAUUGGUAGUUAAAAAUAGUUUAUUUUCAUUAGAAUUAGCUUAUUUUUCUAAUUUUUUUAAUUUUUAUUAGAAUCUGGCCUUCAUAAAACCCGUCGUAGAGCAUUACCACCUGUACCACAUGAUCAAAAAUUUGUUGUACCACCUGUUUAUUUAGAAACAUAUUCCAAAGAACGUUUCUUGAUUUAUGAUAAACGAAAAAGUCAAUAUGGUGGACGUUUAAUGAUGUUCGCUUCGCCGGAACAAUUGGAUGUUCUCUUUCAUUCGGACAUAUUAUUCGUGGACGGCACUUUUCGUGUGUCGCCUAUCUUGUUCGAACAAUUAUAA